CUGCUGCGCAGACGCAGUCAACGGCAGACUGCUGGGCUCGGGUAGCAGAAGAAGAGCAGAAGGUGGCGUUGCAGGUCCGCGCAGCCAAAGCGUCAUGGCGUUGGCUGUGCAGCAGCCGCUGUUCCUCUUCCUCCUGUUGAUAAGCCUGCAGUCGGGUGCUAUGCGGGAUGAAGCCAGGUUCAGACCAAAUUGUCCUCAAGCCCCCUGCUGGCGCUAUUGGAAUGGAAAUUGUUAUUGCGUUGUGGCAGAUCAGGAGGAGACUUGGACUGAAGCAUUAAAGUUUUGCAAAAGAUACAGACAGACAGAGUUAGCAACAUUAACCAGUAUUUUGGAAAAGAACUGGAUCUUAAGUUUACCUUUGGACAAUUUUUGGAUUGGAUUGAAUAAUUUGGAAGAAAGUGAUACUUUUUCUUGGUCGGAAGGCACACCAGCAAAUAUGAGGCUCACUUGGCUUCGGCUGUCACACCCAGUUCAGGCAAACACUACAUAUUGUGUGAAAAUUUCCAAACACAGUUUGGUUGCUUUGCAUUGUGAUGCAAAGGCACAUUGGAUCUGCAAGCAAAGUGUAGUUGUUGACCGUUAUCAAAAAUAUGAAGGAAAGGUGCUCCUCUCUCCACCAGACUUUACACCCCAAGUACAUACAGAUUUGGUUUCUGCUAAGGCAGCAUGCUUGCAGCUUAGAGAGCAGUGUACAGGGAUCACUGUCUGGAAUGACACCUAUGCCCUUACCAGAGGAACUGUGUUGCUAAGAAGUGAGGAGAGCCAUUCUGUAGCUUAUGUAAAAUCAGACUGUUCCAUGGGGUAUUUUGGAAGAGACUGUUCCUCUGUUUGUAGUCAAUGCUAUGGUAAUGAACUGUGCAAUCCUUACACAGGAGUUUGUGAUAAUUUGCAUUCAUGUAGAGCUCAGCAUUCGCCUGCUGCUUGUGAACAAGCUCUGAAAAGUGUAUGGUGCCCACGGUUUUCUGGUUGGCAGUAUUGGGAGAACAAUUGCUACUACUUCAGUGCUGAGGCCGCAGCCAGCUGGAUUGAUGCUCGGAAACAGUGCAGAAGAUUCAGAAAUACGGACCUGUUAUGGCUUGAGAACAAACAUGAACUGAAGUGGCUAUUCUCUGGAAACUCCUCGGACAUUUUGUGGACUGGAUUGAAUAGCAGGAAGCAAAAGUUUAUAUGGCAUUGGUCAAAUAUGAAAUCAGCAGCAAAGGUUUUACAUUGGAUGAAAUUUAAUGGGAGCACACUAGGAAGUUGUGUAGGUCUUAAUUUAUUUAACAAAACUGCUCUGAGGUUAAAUUGUGAGGAAAAAUACAGAUGGAUUUGUAAGAAAAAGGAAGUGAAUGAAAUUUUUGAUGUCUAUGUUGAUCAGUAUCUGUCAGGACCAUUAGAACCAAUGUAUUACACAUCCCUUUUUGCUGCUGUAUUGGACUGUUUAAGUUAUCCCAACUGCACAGGGGUAGUGCAAGAUUACAAUUACUAUAGAAGAACAACAGGUAUUGAUGAAAUUUAUACCUGUGAUGAAAUAGCAACUGCAUAUAUAAAACGAGAAUGCUCCUUUGGUUAUUAUGGUGAUAACUGUGCCUCACUUUGUCAACCAUGCUAUGGAGGAUUCAGAUGUAACUCAGUAACUGGCAAAUGCCCAGAAAGGAUGGAGUGUGUUGGUCAGUUCAAAGGUGAACUGUGUGCAUUAGGUAUUAAGAAUCCAAAAUGCCCCCACAAUGCCCCAUGGUGGUUUUUUAAUGGACAUUGCUUUUAUUUUGAAAAGGAAGCAAAGGGAAAUCAUGCAUGGGCAAGUGUACAGUGUUCCUACUAUAAGGAUGGUAACCUUGUCAAGAUUGACAAUGAAAAAGAAAAGGAGUGGCUUGGUAAUAUGUUGGAAACGGAUAGCUGGAUUGGUUUGAUGCAGGGUGGGUCCACAUGGAAAUGGAGUGGUGGGCGAGAAGAUGUUAAUGUAUCACAAUAUAGCUGGCUAUGGGAUUUUCCUUCAACAGCCAAUGGAUGUGCUCAGAUGUUGAGAGGAGGAAAACUCCGAGUGUUGUCAUGCACUGAACAUCAUUUCUAUGUUUGUGAAAAAGAAAUAGCUGGCCUUGACCUGUUCGUUGAUUACCCUGGGAAAAUAAUGCUGACUGUUCAUCCUCUGGCUGUGUAUAGAGAUCUUGACGAAGCAAGAUUCCACUGUUUACGAAAUGUGAAGUGCACUGGAAUAAGUUCCUGGCCAAAUGAACAUUAUCUUGUUACUGGAAUUGAAAUGGUAACUGGUCUCCCUCACCAUAUAGUUCGCUUGAAAACCAACUGCAUUCUAGGACGUCACGGAUAUGCAUGCACAGAAGAAUGUCCAAUGUGCAGAGAUGAUGCACGUUGUAAUAUGUUGACUGGCUUCUGUGAUGAGAAAACCACCUGCAAAGAUGUAUCUUCUAUAGAAAAAUGUGCAGAAACUACAGUCAGUGAGAGAUGCCCUGAUAUGGAUAAAUGGCGCUACUGGAACAGGCAUUGUUUUUAUUUCUCACAAAGUCCUGGAAAGCCCUGGCAUGAGGCAAAUUCUACCUGCAGUCACUUUAGAGCAGCUGAACUUCUGUGGUUUGAAGAUAAAGAUGAUCUGGCAUGGUUAACAAUGUUUGUCACUGAGAUUAUAUGGAUAGGAUUGCAAGAUAUAAACUAUGAUUAUGUAUGGGCUUGGUCGCAUGAAGAUAAUGCAUCAAAAGCAUUGGAAUGUCUCUUUGACUAUCUUUAUCUUAACAGGAUGCAAUUUGAAAAAGAGAAAAAAUGGAAAAGAUGUGCUGAUCUGUCACCUGAAGGUAUUAUUGAUUCAGCUCCCUGUCAUCAGAAUAAAAAAUGGGCAUGCAAAAGACCAGCUGAACGAGACCUAGAUGUAUAUACAGGCUUUUGGGAUUCAGUAAUGAUCUCAGAGAAACCAAGCUCAUCAGCCAAUUCUACUUAUGAAGAAUCAAAGGAUGCAUGUAUUGAACAGAAGCACAAAUGUCUUGGUUAUGCAUUGUGGCAAAACGGAUUCUUCAUGUUAAAUGGCCCAAUAUUAGUUGGUGGGGGCUUUGGUCCAAGCAUAGCUUUUUUAAAAUCAGCAUGUGAUUAUGGAUACUAUGGGUCAGACUGUGCAUAUAAAUGCCUACGCUGCUAUUGGGACAAACCAUGCCAUCCCAUUACUGGAAAAUGUGAACAUGCCAUUGUUUGUGCUACACCGGAUCGUGUAGGUGGAUGUUCUUUAGGCUUGUACAGUUUGAAAUGCUCCCUUGGCUUUGGUUGGUGGUACUGGCAUGGACAAUGCUACUUGAUAGAAAAAAAUAGAAAAGUGACAUGGAAGGAAGCUGUGGAUUUAUGCAAACGUUUUAAAUUCACACGACUACUUCAGCUGAAGAGUCAUCAGGAAAAGGUCUGGCUGCAAAAGAAGAUAACUGAACAAAUGUGGAUAGGUAUGAAAUGGCAGCCACAGAAAAAAGAGUGGCAAUGGGGAGAUGGAAGAAAAGCAAAGACUAAUAAUAACUGGUUAAAGAUAGAAGGGGAUCCACUUGAAGGCUGUGGUACUCUUCUUCAAAAUAAGCAACAGCUUCAGUGUGCAAAGUGCAAUGAAAAAUUCUAUUUUAUAUGUGAAAGAAUAGAAAAUAAGAACAUAUUCCAGGAGUUUAAGAGCCACAUAAUACCACAAAGACGAAAAGUAUUCCCAAAAAUAUUCCAUAGUCUGGAAAUUGCUCAGGAGGAUUGCAUAUUUCAGAGAACUACCUGUACUGGCAUAGUCUUAUCACAGGGCCAGUACUAUAUGGUUAGUGGAAGGACAGUGUUCAAAAGCCUCAGUGCAGGAGACAUGUUAUAUUUGAAGAAUGUUUGCAAUCCUGGAUUCCAUGGAACAAACUGUCAGUUUAAAUGCCAGUCAUGUGGGAAUGGCCUUCCUUGUCAUGGUGUUACUGGAGAAUGUGUAGGCAAUGACCCCACUAAGUGUGUCUUAGAUUCCCAAGAUCCAAAGUGUGAGGAUGAAGUUUUUGUUAACCCUUGCCCAAAGAAGCAGCAGUGGCACUAUUAUUCAAAGUUGUGUUACUAUGUGGAAGACACAAAAACAGACACAUGGGCCAAUGCCAGGAUUGCCUGUCAAGGGUUUAAAGGAACAGACCUAGUUAAAAUUACAAGCAGUAGUGAAAAGAUGUGGGUACAGCAUAAGGGAGACAACAGCUGGAUUGGUUUGACCUUCUAUAAGCGAUCAUAUAAAUAUCUUUGGGUUGAUCUGUCAUCUUCAGUCUUCCAAAAUGCAUGGGUAGUUAGGCGAAGCAGACGUUACACACAAACUGUUUCUGAUUGUGGAGUUGCCUUCAAGAACUAUCUUUCUGUGACAGAUUGUUCUGAGCAAAGAAAAUGGAUUUGCAAGAGAGAAGCUGUUGAUCUCUUCACUGAGCACAUUGGAAGAGCCUUUUACUUGCCUGGUGGAAACGCUGCUAAAUAUCCUACUUUAGAUAAAGCUAGACAAGCUUGUUUAGUCUUGCAAGCAUGCACUGGAAUAGUGGAAGCAGAGAAUAAUUUCAUGCUACACACUGGUAUGGACCUUUACAACACUAGGAACAAAAAUGUGACAACUUGGAUCAAAUCAGAUUGUGCUGCUGGAAGAUUUGGAGAGAUGUGUGAGCAAAUAUGCCGAAAAUGUGAUGAUGGUGUGCCAUGCAACCCUCAUACAGGGUUGUGUGGGGACAGCGUGUUCUGCAGUGAAACAGACCCCACUUCCACUUGUGAAAAAGCAACCUUGAUUGGUGGGAGAUGCCCUCUUGAAUGGGUAUACUGGCGUGGCAACUGUUAUUACAUCUCCAAAACAGAAGAAACCUGGCAACGUGCAAGAGACAUGUGCAACAAGUAUAAUGGUUCUGAUCUUGUUUGGAUAACCAGUAAAGAAGAGAAGAUGUUCUAUCUUUUCUCUCCCCCCCCCCACUUAAUUUUUAAGAGCUGGCUUCUUUCUAUAUUGCCUGAAGGAUUAUUUUGGACUGGUCUUCAUGGGCAUAGAUUUUGUACUCGUUUGCAGUGGUCAUACACUAACGUUUCAUAUACAGCUCCAGAAUGGUUACGCAAGAAAUCAUGGACAUGGACAUGGAAUUGCUGCCUGCAACUGAGUAUUUCUAGUGAUUUAUUGGCAGGGACUAGCUGCUAUAAGGAAAAACCAUGGAUCUGCAAAAAAAGGGAAGAGGAAACUCCAGAUUUCCGCAAGUUUGAUGGCUAUUACCUAGUUGGCUCUAGCAGUUCUACAGAUAGGGUCAUUCACCAAUCUCUGAGUGAAGCUAUUCAACAUUGUAGAUUUCAAAGAAAACUUUGCAAUGGAGUUCAGAGGAUCAGAAAUAACUACACAACCUUUCAUACAAAGCGACUGGUGUUUAUCAAUGGAUCCUUUGCAAAUCUAUAUACAGCAUAUUUGAAAAGUGUUUGUUCACCAGGGUAUUUUGGCCGUACCUGUGACAGACUCUGCACCUGUAAUGGGACUGACAACUGCAAUCCAUUAACAGGGAAAUGUGCAGAAAACCAGCAUUGUAGUGAAAACUACAUUGCAACAGAAUGUGAACAAGGUGUGACUAAUCUAAGGUGUCCAUCAGAUCCUGGAUGGUGGUACUGGAAGGGCAACUGUUAUUACAUAGAGACAACGAUGGUGUUGACCUGGGAAAAAGCAAAGGAUUUCUGUAUGGCUUACAAAGAAGCUGAUCUGCUGCCACCGCCAAGUGACACUGAGGAAAAGAUCUGGCUGACUUCCAUGAUAAAGGGUGUUGUGUGGAUUGGCCCAGAAGGGGCAAAAGCCAAGAAUACAGUCGACUUUCGAGAUUUGUGUGGAAAAGCUGCUCCCACCUGCACACAAAUGGAUGAGAAUGGGAACCUUAAGCAAGAGAUUUGUUCCUCCUUGGCUGCCUGGGGAUGUAAAAGGAGUGUAGAAGCUGAAAUGUUUCAGGAAUAUUCUGGAAGGAUGCUUCUCCUUCCUUUGGAAAGCAAAACAUAUGCAGAUAAAGAACAUGCAAGGUCAGCCUGCCUUUUAGAAGAAAAAUGCACUGGAAUCAGCUACUGGGAAAACCAGUAUAUACCAGUCAGUGGUAAAGAACUGAUCUUAACUAAUAGGAUGGAUGUCACAUAUAUGAAAACAGCUUGCAAUGAAGGACAUUUUGGGAUCCAUUGUCAGAAAUGUCCAGACUGUCCAAAAGAGAGACCUUGCAACAGAUUAACAGGGAAGUGUGCUGUUGAGGUGUCUUGUAAAGCAAGAAAAAGUUUAGCGCGCUGCGAAGUUGAACUGAAAAGCAAAUAUUGUUUCUACUCUUGGAUAUAUUACAAUGAACAUUGUUAUUAUAUACCUAAAUUUGGGCUGAUUAAUAAAAGUGAUGCGGACUACAUGUGCAGCCAGUUUGAAAACAGCCAACUUGUGCAUUUGUCUACAGAUGAGGAGAAGGAUUGGCUAACUAAAAUAAUGUCUAGGAGAUCCUGGAUUGGCAGCUUGGGUCCAGCUCUCCGGCCAAAAACAUGGUUCCCACCAGUGGAAGAAAAACCAGUGCAGAGGAGUCUCAUAAGAGUUGAGGAAUUGUGUCUCCAAUUGGACCCUGGGAUGAGAUCUUUUUUGACAGUUCCCUGUUCAUUUAAUUCUUCAUGGGUCUGCAAAUCCCGAAUAGCUUCCAUGCCAGUUGAUGGUAGAAAGAAGUGGUGGUUAUCAUUGACUACAUCCUUUUUAGGAUCCAGCGCUGUAUUAAUUGUGACUGUGCUUCUUACACUGAAGUUUGGAGUUUGGGUUCCAGAAGCAGCAAAUGAAGUGAAACCACAAUCACUUUAGUCAGUUUUCAGGAGCAUGCGUUCUUUGGACACAGAAUCCUUCACGUGAAGGAAGAGCAAAAGCUAGUGAAUAUUAUUGGUAAGAUAAGAGUUACACUGAGCUCUUGCUGCCUUAUUUUUAAACGUUGAGGGCUGGGGAGGUGGGUGAGCAGGUUUUGAAGCACAAAAGAGCAUGUUAAUAGCAAAGGUUGAAAAAAAAGAAGCUGAUAUAAUUAGUUCAGUGUCUUCACAGAAUUUAAGAAGUGUUUAGGACUAUUAAGAAAGUAGCAUAAUCUUAAGUAAAACUGCAGUGAUUCAGAAACAAUGCCUGUCUACUUCUAACACGAAGUUUUGCAAAACAUAAACACAUCUAAGACUGAAGACUUGUUUAAUAUAGACCCUUGUCCUGUUUUGAAGUCAUCAAGUAAUCUCUCUCUGUUGUCUUUAUUUUAUUUUAUUUUUUGCUGUUAAAUGAUUAAAUAAACUUGGAAGCUGGAAAUAUGCUUGUAUUCUGUAGUAGAUCAUUUGUAAAUAAAGAAUCCUCAUAAGUUGAAAACUUUUAAUAAAACUUCUAUUUAUCUAAUUUUA